AGUAUCUUACGCAGUAAAUGGAUGUGUCAGAUAACAGCCAGAGGGAUUAAAAUGAAAUAGUUUUUGGAACAAAACUGGAAUCGAGAAAUACUAUCUCUAUUUUUUAAUCCAUACUAUUUGAAUAUGAUACAAAGAUACAUUUAAAGAAAGAGUCGCAAGAACAUAUUGUGAAAUGUUACGCUGAACAGAGACAGGUGCUAAUUGUUGUACUUUCAGGAGACGCUAUUCUUGUAACAGACAGUGAAUUGUUUAAUAUAUUGUUAAACAAAAUAAAGCGAAACAUUGCGGACGGUAAACAAUUUUGGCACAUGGAUACUGACAUUUUUCUAGCAACGUUUUUUCUUUAUCAAAUGGAUCAUGAUACAAAAGACAAUGCUAGCAAGUACACCCUCAAAAUACACCAUUAGCAGCAAAUAAAAACUAUACAAAAAGAAAUGAUAACGUAUCAACAAGUGGCGCUUUCAAAACUAAGGCCUCCUACUCCUCGGCGUCAUCACUCAACAACCUUCAUUGAAGCAGAUAAGCGUGACAUAUUUGAUGAGGAUAUAUAUGUUCCCAGGAUACCAAAUGACAAAAAAUUAUACAAAAAUAAGUCAUAUCCUCCUAGCUCACCUGACGAAGACAAAUAUCCUAGCGAAGUAUUGGAGAUUGAUGCAACCAUGUACUCAUUUGAACGAUAUCCAGGACAUAUAUUUACUAUACCAUCGGCUACAAGAUCUGAAUCUGGUCAAACAGGCUUUUCAAACCAAGGAGAGGUCAAUAGUUCAAUAAGGCUAGCAACAAUGCAAAGACCUAAGAUCACCUCUUUUUCUGGAAUUCCAUAUUUUUCAAAACCAUCUAGAUAUACAGAAUAUCAGGAUCAGAAGAAGAGAUAUGACUCAUUCCAAACUCCGAAAUGGUUGACUGAUUACAAGCCUGAUAUUAAUCUCCUAGUAGGGUGUGGAUUUUUCUUUACAGGUAGAGAAAACAACGACUUGGUAAGAUGCUAUCAUUGUGGUAUUGGAUUAAAAGACUGGACCAUAGAAGACGAUCCCCUUACUCAGCACGUAAAAUAUUCAUCAACGUGUGAUUUCCUCAAUUGGAGAUAUGGAAAACCCAAAGUAGAAAGAACUAAGGCGGCACUGACAAAUGAAUCCAGAUCACCACCCCCAAGCUACACUAUCAGGUCACCACGUUAUCAGACAAUGAAAGCAAGACUUGCAUCAUUUGAAAACUUUCCUAGCGGCAACUGCAUUCCUCAUCAACAACUGGCAGUAGCAGGUUUAUUUUUCACUGGACAAGGUGAUUUGUGUCGAUGUUUCUGUUGCGAUGGUGGUUUAAAGGACUGGAGUUCUGGAGAUGACCCCAUCAAAGAGCACGCUAGAUCCUUUCCUAACUGUUCUUAUAUAAACAGUUUAAAAGGAAAACAAUAUGUACAGUCCCUGCAACCACGUGGAUUAGAAAACGAACACAUUUGCUGUAGAAAAGAUGACAUAGGCGGCUAUUAUACAUCAAGUCAGCGAUCGGAUCGGACAGGAAAUAUUACUGAAAGUAUGUGCGUUUAUAUAUUUUGUAUAUACUAGAAGAUAAUGAAAACCGUGUUAUAAGAUUU